AUGGUGGCGGUGCUUAGGCCUUGGUCCGUCAUGGUCGCAGUGCUGCUAGUUCUGCUCGCCUGCCUGGGAGCGCUGGUGGACGCCUAUCCCAUCAAACCCGAGGCUCCGGGGGAAGACGCCUCCCCGGAGGAGCUGAGCCGCUACUACGCCUCCCUGCGCCACUACCUCAACCUGGUCACCCGACAGCGGUAUGGGAAAAGAGACGUCCCGGAAGCUCUAUUCUCCAAACUGCUCUUCACCGACGUUGGCGAGAACCUCCCCGACCGGUCUCGGUAA